UUAUCAUAUCCAGGCCCUACCUAACAAUCCGUAUCAUUGUUUAUGUAAGUACUGCCACUUCCAUGCAAGGACAAUUGGAAGUCAUUUUCCUAUAUAAAGAAAGAAAAAUCUGGUAUAUGUAUCAUUCUUCUGAUAAUUCUUCAUCUCAUCAUGAAACUCUUGUUCAUCGCUUUCUUCGCCUCAUUGGCCACCUUGAGCUACGGCUCAAUCCACGGAGCUCUGGUCGGACCCUCCGGAGUAGUGACCGCAGCUGGAGCCAUUGGACCCGUUGGAAACAGCCUGGCCUGGGGCCAUGGACCCUGGGGCUGGGGCGGACUUGGCUGGGCUGGACACGGUGGAGCUGCUGUCGUGGGGCCUGCUGCCGCCCCCGCCGUAGUGGCUGGACCUGCUGGAGCCAUCGCAACUUCCGGAGUUUGGGGUCAUGGUCUUGGUCUUGGCUUGGGCCAUGGUCAUUGGUGGCGUAAAUGAGGGGAGACGAUGCAGUGAUACCACCAAUUGAUGUUCGGCGGAAUGUCAAGUACUUGCGAGAGUAUUUCAACCUGAUUGUCUGAUAACGAAUGUAAUAUAAGCUGAGAUUGUCAAUAAAACUUGAUGAGCAUCCAGAAA